AUACAAAAAUCGCGAGCCUAUCUCACUCUCAUUUGACUCAAAGCACAGAAUUCUUCGGGCUCGCCCCUGGUGACUCUCCCCUCAUUUCGAACGUCUGCACUAUCCAGCUCUCUCACGAGCUGUCGGCGUAUCCGCCAGCCUCGCUCCGCCCUCGCCUUUCGGCCAGUCUUCUAUUUUGGGUCGCAUGAUGCUACGUCCGCGCACUCUCGCGUCCUCAUUUAGAGGGGCUUUGCGUCCACUACCAGCAUACAAUGCAGCGCCUGCCGGCUUGCAGCAAUCUGGCAUCCUCGCCACAAGCGCACGGUCCGCAUCGACGACAAGCUCCGGCUCAUCAGGCGCGAAUCCGGCACCUGGUCCACCUCGACCUGGCAGCCCGUUCGUCAUCUUCGAUCGAGCAGCCAAAGCGAAUCAGCGCAGCCGGGCUUCGAAGAGAAGAAGGAUUGCUAGUGACGGCUCGCAAUGGACGGGAGAGCCGGGUGAGCCUUCCAGAGACACGGACUAUGUCAAGCACGUCAUUGCAGAGAGUAUGGCUGAGCGUGUCUUGGACAUCAAGCGUCCUUUGGACACGAUUGUUGAGCUCGGAGCUGGUGCUGGCUUUCUCCGUCAUUACCUGGACCCAGCGGGAUCGGGCUGCAAGAAGAUCAUCAUGUGUGACACCAGCGAGGAGGCGUUGUGGAGAGAUGCUCACUUGGAUAGCAAAUAUCCGUUCGAGAUAGAGCGGCUGGUAGUCGACGAGGAGCAGCUGCCAUUCGAGGAAGACAGCGUCGACUGCAUUGUCUCGAUGGGCGCACUCCACUGGACCAACGAUCUGCCUGGUGUGCUGAUCCAGGCUCGCAAGGCGCUGAAGCCCGACGCCCCGUUUCUCGGCUCAAUGCAUGGCGGAGAGACGCUCUUCGAGCUGAGAACGAGUCUGCAGCUUGCUGAGCAAGAACGGGAGGGCGGCAUUUCUCCCAGAGUGUCUCCGAUGACGGACACUCGCGACAUGUCUACCUUGCUCACUAGGGCAGGAUUCGCCAUUCCGACGGUUGAUUUGGACGAGGUGGAGAUUCAGUAUCCCAGCAUCUUCGAAUUGAUACAUGAUCUGAGAGAUAUGGGAGAGAGCAACGCCGUCAUCAACCGACGCGGAUCUCUGCGAAGAGACACGCUCAUCGCAGCCAGUGCUAUCUACGAAGCUCUUCACACAAGCCCAGAGGUGGACGACAUGGUGCCAGCUACCUUUGCUAAUAUUUACUUUAUCGGAUGGAAGCCAGCCCCUACUCAAGCGCAACCCCUCAAGCGAGGCAGCGCAACGGACAGCCUCAAGGACGCCCUCGCGGACCAGGAGGUGGGCAUCGAGAAAAAGUAGCUAGGCUUCUUGAUACAUGCUACGAAUAAGAAUCAGAGCAUUUGGCAGAAGGUGUCCCAGCUUCUCGGAGCGCGAUUGCCCACUCCGCAGCGCCUGAUGACGGUGUGAUCUUGACUGCUUGGCUCGCACAUUCAGCGGAAUCUCAUUUAAGAAGGCACCUUCUCUGCGUAAGCAAACUUUUUGCAGAGCGAACUUUUUAUCAAACGUUCAAAAUUCAAACAAACCUGCAUGUGCACAUGCCUUAAUCUGUCCAAGAUGUUGCUCAAGGUUGCUUCUGCAUUCAAAAAUUGGGC